CUACUAAAACUUUUUCUUGAAAUCAUAGAAGCACGAAAGUCAACUGAAUGUCUCAAGAUUACAUUUAGUUAUUAAAAUCCUGUGUUAUAUGGUUUGUAAUGGCUGGUGGUUUUUACUUUAAAACUUCACAUGCCCUAGUAAGUGAGGAUGGAUCUCCAGUAGUCAACACCCUGCACACGCACUGCAGUUUCGGCGUGAUGUCUGAACAGGACCGGAGGAUGCUGCAGUCCCGAUGGAACAUUUGAAAGGCAACAUUCUGCGUUUAUUUUCAAUCUAAUAACAGAUACCAGUUUGCUGAGAGGAACGAGCGACAUGAAUAUGAAAUCCUGCAUCGCAUCGCUGUGAAUUGCAGAUUUUUUUUCUCUCUCGUUCAGUGAUGCAGCUACAAUUCCUCUGCUCAGCUGCUUAUGCAGAAGGGUAAACCACCAGUGCUGGAUUUAUAUGGAUUUUAUGUUUCUUCAAAGUGUUUCUGACUAGUAAAUCCUUAUGAUUGUGUAAUUUAAAUAUGGAGGGGGAGAUUCCAGACAUAUUAGAGCAGUUCAUGAGCAGCCCUCUUGUCACUUGGGUUAAGACAUUUGGUCAACUAGGUGACAAAGAGGGGAACAUGCUCUCUGAAUACACUGAAUUAGUGGAUGGCAUAUUCUUGAACAAGGUCAUGAAUCAAAUAAAUCCCAAAGGGACUGUUCAAGGUUUAAACAAAGUGAACAAUGAUGUCAGCCAGAGAGCUCAAAACCUGUCUGUUCUCAUUUACCACAUCAAGUCGUACUACCAGGAAACCCUGCAUCAGCUGAUUAUGAUGUCUCCUCCUAAUGUGCUGCUGCUGGGCAGGAACCCGGUCUGUGAGGAAGGUCUAGAAGAGAUCAGAAAGUUACUGCUGCUGUUGCUUGGCUGUGUUGUGCAGUGUGAAAGAAAAGAGGAGUAUAUUGAGAAGAUACAAAGUCUUGAUUUUGACACAAAAGCAGCAAUCGCAGCACAUAUCCAAGAGGUGACUCAUUGUCAGGAGAACGUGUUUGAUCUGCAUUGGUUGGAGAUGGAAGGUCUGUGUCCAGAGGAAUGGGAAAAUCUCUGCAGAAGUAUGAGCAUUAACCUCAAAAUGUUAGUCGACCAGCGAGACCGACAAUUUGAGGCCAUCGUGGAGCUGAUGCAGGGGAAAGAGACGAUAAAGUCUGUAGUGUUUGGUGAUGACUCCUCCCUCACAGAGCCCACCAGCAGCCGGCUCCCUUUAUCCCAGCAGCAUCUGGCACUAGAGCUGACGGACGCUAAAGCCAAGAUCAAACGCCUCAGACAGGAGCUAGAGGAGAAAAGUGAACAGCUCUUAGACUGCAGGCAGGACCUGGACAGUGUGGAGGCGGAGCUUAAAAGACUCCAGCAAGAGAAUAUGCAGCUGUUAACAGAUGCACGAGCAGCCAGGAUGUACCGUGAUGAGCUGGAUGCGAUGAAAGAGAGAGCCAUCAGAGCAGACAAACUGGAAAGUGAAGUGGCUCGCUACCGAGAUAAACUUAACAACAUGAACUUUUACAAGGUUAAACUGGAGGAGCUGAAGGAGGAUAAUCAGGUGUUAAUGGAAAGUAAGGCCAUGCUGGAGGAAGAGCUACAGAGUGUCAAACCACGAUCUGACAAACUGCACCAUCUGGAGAAACACAAUCUCCUACUAGAAUCAAAACUUCAUGACAUGGAAGAGGAAAGAACUGUGGACAGGAGACGAAUAGAGGAGCUGCUGGAAAGGAACGUCAUACUGGAGCUCUCUCAGAAACGGAGUAUGGAAGAAUCACAACGUUUGGGCUGGGAGUUAGAACUUGCCAAGAACCCUCAGCAGAAUUCAGAAACAGAGCUGAAGUCUUUGGGCCAGGAGGUAACUGAAAAGACAUGUAGCAGGUUGCUGAAACUGGAGAAGGACAAUCAGAAGUUGUUGAAGGCCCUGGAAGAACUUCAAGGAACCAGUUGUCCAUUGGAUGGGUUCAUCUCUGAAUCCAAACAUAUUGAGGAAAAUGGGAGGAUGGACAUAGUAGACUCUAAGACUCUAAAAUCUACUUCAGAAUGUGCUAACAUGCACAAUGGCCAAAUGAUCACACAGACAAAUACUAAUGGCAGCCUUCAUUGCAUUGAAGUAGAGCUCAAUGAAUUGGAGAAUGAGAACCAGAGUUCUCAAAUCAGUAUCAACCAAAACCAAGGUCUAAUGCAUGAGAAUGGGCAUCUGAAGCAAGAUAAGAGUUGUCUGGAGAAAGAGAAUCGGAAAUUGCGUCAACAAGUGAAGAUCCAGGAGGCCUCGUUGGAUAGUAGCAACCUGAAGUUGGUGGUUCUUGAGAAGGAGAACCGUACCCUGGUUAAAAAGACUAACUAUCUUAGUGAGGCCUGUGCCAAGAACAAAGAGCUAGAAAAGGAAAACCAGGAGCUGAUUCAACAGGCUGGAGUGGACAAGAGGAUGCUGAUGACAUUAAGAGAGGAGCUGCUGGACCAGAGGUUGAAAUUGCAACAGAAAGAAUCUGAUUUUGAAAAAUUGACUUACGAUCUAGAGAGGAUGAGGUUAAACCAGGAGACACGAAUGGGAGAUCACGAGGCUGUAGACCAGGGUCAGUGUAAGCAGUUGGAGUCAGAGCUGGAGUCUUCUCUAAUGAAAUCCCUGAAGAUUAAGAAAGAGAGAAUGGCCGCCCUCGAGGCCCGUCUGCAAGAAUCGGCCAAGAUAAACCAGCAACUACGACAGGAUCUUAAAACUGUCAAACAGAACUAUGAGGCAUUGCUUCAGAGGGACGAGGAGGAAAAGGCAGGACAAUGUUCUCCACCAGAGAGGACAUGGCAUAGAGAGAGUCAGGAGGCCACAUGGGCAUUGCUUAAGCUCAAAGAUCGACUCAUUGAGGUGGAGAGAAAUAAUGCAACUUUGCAGGCUGAGAAACAGGCAUUGCAAACACAGCUGCAGACAUUGCAGGCGCAGUCAGAUGGGUUGCAGGCACAAAUAAUUGCCUUACAACAGCAGACAGCUUCCUUGCAGGAGAGCAACACAGCACUGCAGACACACAAUGCACAACUGCAGGUAGAGAAGUCCACUGUAACUUCCCAGAAUUCCUCUCUGAUAGCUCAUAAUGCACAGCUACAGCGGGAACGGCAGAGUUCAGAGGCUGAGAGGGAGGGCGCGAUACGGGAGAGAGAAGAUCUGCGCACCGUUAAUGAACUUCUUCUUCGGGACCAUGAGAGACUGAGUGUCCUGCACGAGAGACAGGCAGCAGAGUUGGAGGUGCUCUCUCACAGGUACUCCACAAUGGAGAACAGUCACCGAACACUGGACAUAGAGCACAGAUCACUGGAGGACAGGUAUAACACUCUACUUCAGCAGCGCGCACAGCUGGAGGGGUUAGAGAGAGCUCUCAGAGAAGAACAGCAGAAGAUGCAGAAUGAAAUAUGCACAAACAGGAACACAACAGCAGAGUGCCAAAGACUCAGAGAUGAGAAAGACUGGCUGAAUCAAACCUACCAGAAGCUUCUGGCAGAGAAUGAGGGACUUCAGGUUGAGCACAAGAGCAUAAAGACCCAGUUAAACUCCUGCAAACUAGAGCAAACACAGCUGGAGUCAGAGCUAUCCAAACUCAAAGAGCAGAACCAGCAGCUGGAAAUCAGCAGCAUUAAACUGGCCAACCAGUGUGAGUUGCUGACCCAGCUAAAGGGGAACUUGGAGGAAGAGAACCGACACUUGCUGGACCAGAUCCAGAGCCUGAUGCUGCAGAACCGAACCCUGCUAGAUCAGACCAUGGAGAGCAAGGACUUGUUCCAUGUGGAACAGAGACAAUAUAUAGACAAACUGAAUGAACUCAGAAGGCAGAAAGAAAAGCUGGAAGAGAAGAUCAUGGAUCAGUACAAGUUCUAUGACCCAUCACCUCCACGCAGACGGGGCAACUGGAUAACACUGAAGAUGAGGAAGUUGAUUAAAACAAGGACUCGUGAUCAGGAGCAUGUUCGUUCCUCAACUCCCCAGCUCCGCUCGGAGUCAUGCGAGGGUCUGGAUGACCUGCGCAUUCAUGACAAUCGCUCCUCCGUGGGUUCCCAGGGCUCUGAGGAAUCUGCUUCCAACUCCCUUAAUGGUGACACCGUCUCCCCUAAGAGGAGCAGCAUCAGCACCCUGAAAAUGUUUCAUGUUAAGCGUAACAAACCAAAGGAUAAAGACAAAGUCAAGUCUCUCUUCCGCCGAUCUCUGUCUAUGAAUGACCUGCUGCAGUCAGAGGGAUGCUUGGAUGAGGACUCUGGGCAGCAGGAAGACCAGCCAGAAGAGCAAAUAAUGCAACGCACCAUUGCCAUUUCAAAAAAACAUUCCACAUCGUCAUCAUCAUUUCAUCACUACUCUUUCAUAGAUAAUCAUACAGUAAACUGUAAUCAAGGUAAAGAUUUUCAAGGAGACACAGUUCCACCAAGGCUUGCAAAUGGCAAUGAAGGCCAAGAUCAUGGCCUGAAUGGCAAAUCGAGUCGUGCCCCGAGUGCGAGCAGUGGUGAGUUCAGCGUGAGCCUGGAGAACGAGGCCUGGUCCAGCGAUAGCAGCCCCCAUCCAGAUCCAUUGUCAUCCAGCCGCCAACGAUUCAGUGACUCCCCUUCCCCAGCCCGACCCAACCAUGAGGAGCUCAGGCAGGGCUACUGCUCCUCAGGGAGUGGAGUACGGAGAACCAGCAGUGGGAGAUCCGCUGGAGAACGUUCAGCCCAAAAGCUGGACAAAGCAAGCAUUGGACUUUAUAAAACUCAGAGUGUGCAAAGUACAGAGUCUGAUCCUAAACCUGCUCUUGAGGCACAGGGGAAGUCCUCCUCUGUAUCAGGGUGCCUGAACUGCUUUGCCACCCCAAUGCGAAGCCCUAAAACAGGCCAGGCUGUGUCCACUCUACCCCGAGCUAGCUGUGUCAUCUCAACAUCAGAAGGCAACAGUCGGCGUGCCAGUGUCCACAGCACUAUGUCAGUGAAGUCAGUGGGUUCAGUGUCAAGUAAGAACGGUGCUGAGCCUCAACCUGACCCCAGUGAUGAGGUUUUAAAAGAAAGUCUUGUCUUGAAAGAGGAAGACCACAAACCAGAACACCUUUUUGAUUCAGCAUUCACCAUCGAUUCAGUCUUUACAAACACAAUUUUCAGUGAGUAAAGUUGAAAUGAUACCAGUUUGAAGAGAUUCAAUGUAAAAACCUCUAAUGAAAUCAGCUGUGAACCAUUUACACCAGAAUCAUAUAUAUACUAACAUCUUAUUCUAACCAUGUGAAAGGCAACUAUGCACUCUGAUUUUGCCAUCUUUGAGGUGAAUUCAGGCAUAUCCAAUCUGGAAGCCAAGAAACAAUCCUCAUCCUUGAACAAUACUCGACUACGGUCGAUUUGUUUUAGUUGACACAUAUAUUUUCCCCCAUCACUCCUUAUUUUGUCUCCUAAUAUUUUUCAAGUAUUUUGCUUGCAUUUUAGCUAUGAUCUGAUUCCAUGUUUAGUUUUUGUAUUGUUUGUUUUUUUCACCUCAAAUUGCAUGAAGAUUAAAUCUAAAAUAAGAAAAUUAAAUUAAGUGUCCAUCUGAGCAUGUAGCAUCAAAACCGCUGUGGUUCAUUUGUUCUUACUACUGUAUAUUACAGUCAUUUUCCUUUUUUGCAAUAUAGUUGUUUAUUAGCUGAAAUGCACCUUGUGUUUAAAUAUCUCAGUACCUGUGUAUCUUGCUUCCGUUUUAUCAUGUUUUCCUUUUAAUGUAAUAAAACAUGCUAGUUUAUUUGUUGUGCUGAUUUGUGCUCAUGUUUCCUACAUUUGUAAGCAGGUUCGAAAU